AUGGCCAUCGAGACUCCCACGAGCGCGGUCCGCGCCAGCGGCACCGAGAAUCUCCCCAUGCCGUCGCGGAACCCGAUACCUCUUUCGGCGUCGCAGGAGGCGCAGGUCAGAGAUGUGUACUACGCGCGGACUCCUCGCCUAAUCUUCAAGGAAUUCAAUUUACUAACAUGUGCCCUUGCCAUCAUCGUAGCCUUCGCCGAGUGCGCCAACGGCCGCACGUUCUCCGUCCCCUUCGCCUGCCGCGAGACCCACCGGGCCAUGAACGCCUGCAUGAAGCUGUACGCCACGCCGGCGGAGGAGGACGCCGCCAGGGAGGAGUGGUUCGCGGCGCGGAUGGAGCGCGCGCGCGAGCGCGAGAGGAAGGCGAAGCGGGCGCUCGAGCAGGAGAACUUCCUGCGGGAGUGGUGGGGCCUGCCGGAGAAGGACAGGGAGGAGAGGAGGAAGGCGGAGGAGAAGCUGAAGCUCAAGGAGAGGAUCGGCGGGUUCGCGGCCAAGGACCGGAAGAGGUUUGACGAGUUGCCGGCGGGCGAGGGCAAGAGGUGA